GUGCCGCUAGUUACGUGGUCAGAGGAAAUGCCAGGAGCCAGUUUUGAGCGGUCCGUCUGCUCCCGUGUUUACCGAUGUCUGAAAUUCACUUUCCCAACAGUGCAGGAAGUUGUCUCGAAGAGAACUUGCUGGCAGGAGGGAGAUGCAGUGCCAUGCUGACAGCACGCAGACGGAAGACAGGCCAGAGGCAGAGCAGGAUGAAAGUCCUCUGCUUGCUCAGCAGACAUCCUUCAGGACAGGGCUCUGCUCAGCUCGCUGUGGCCUGGCUCUUGUCCUGCACGUCUCUCUCUUCAUGGCAUACUCGCUCCGGGUCGGCCUCAGCAUCGCCAUCGUCGCCAUGACUAACAGCAGCAUUCCGCACGGCUCAUCCAGCAUCAGUCCCAACAGCUCCCACCGAGGAUCUGCUCAGGGUGCCCCGGUGUACAACUGGAGCACUGAGACUCAAGGGAUCGUCCUCAGCUCCUUCUUCUAUGGCUAUGGCCUCACGCAGGCACUGGGUGGGUACUGCUCCGGGCGCUUCGGAGGGAAGCACGUCCUGGGCAGUGGGCUCCUGCUCACCUCCGUGCUCACCCUCCUCGUGCCCCAAGCAGCAGACCUUGGCGUGAGGUUCCUCAUCGGGCUGCAGGUGCUGCUGGGCUUGGCUGAGGGGGUGAUAUUUCCAGCUCAGUACACACUCUGGGCAAAAUGGGCCCCUCCGCUCGAACGCAGCAGACUCAUGAACAUCGCUGAUGCAGGAUGCACUUUUGGGACUUUCUGUGCUCUCCUUGUGGCUGGGAUCAUCUGCCAGAGUCUGGGAUGGCCCUUUGUCUUCUAUAUCUUUGGUGGUGUUGGCUGUGCCUGGUGCCUCUGCUGGUUCCUCCUUGUGUAUGAAGACCCUGCACAUCACCCUUGGAUUAGUGCUGGGGAGCAGGAGUACAUCAUGUUGUCGCUGGCUCACCAGGGCAGCUCUCAUGGCCGCUCCCUUCCACUUGUGGCCAUGGCUAAAUCACUGCCUCUUUGGGCGAUUGCCAUCGCCUGCUUCUGCACAGACUGGUUGUUCUACAUGCUGCUGACCUCCAUGCCCACAUUCAUGAGCAACGUCCUCCACUUCAGCCUCACAGAGAACGGCCUCCUGUCCGCCCUGCCCUUCAUUGGGAACGGGCUGGGGCACAUCCUGACUGGACUGCUGGCUGAUUUCCUUUUGGCCAGGCAGGUGCUUGGCACAGCAGCUGUCAGGAAACUUUUCUCAGCGCUAGGGAUGCUGUUCCCAGCUGUCUGCCUGGUGGCCGUGCCUUACAUUGGCUGCAGUUCCACGGCUACCGUGGUCCUUCUAACACUGGCUCUUACGAUAAUCAGCAUGACGGGGGCAGGCAUCAAUAUUAACCACGUUGAUAUAGCUCCUAGAUAUGCAGGGUUCCUGCUGGGAAUCACAAAUACUUUUGGUAUAGUCUCGGGAAUUAUUGCUCCCACUGCAGUCGGACUUCUUGUCAGCCAGGAUCUCCAGACUGGCUGGAGGAAUGCCUUCUUCGUAUCUGCAGCCCUCAACCUGUUUGGCUUGAUCUUCUUCAUAGCCUUUGGCAGUGGGACCAUCCAAGACUGGGCUAGAGAAGAGGCUGCUGUGCAACGAGAGCCACCUGCAAGGGAAGCCCUGCCUUCAGCCUUUGCCCACCAGAAGGAACACCGCAGCAUGGACAGAUCCUAACUGAGAUCCACAGAAAGUAAAGUUGGCUGUUGGCCGAGCUCUGUAAGGGGCCUGCCGCUCUGUUUCUAGCAAAGCUGUUCUUAGGUGAAGUAAAUCAAUAAUGAAGUAGUAGA